AUGGGGAUCACACACCUGGCCGACGUGCUCCGAAGUGAGACCCCGGGAGCCAUCCAGACCCGUCCCCCCGAUCACUACCGAGGGAAAAUCCUGGCAGUGGACGCCUCCGUGUUUAUCUGGCAGUUCCAGUCAGCGAUACCUACACUUAACAACCGCACCGGCGAGGACAUCAGUGUGUUACAGGGACUCUUUAACCGCACAAUCUACAUGCUGGAGAAGGGGAUGAAACCUGUCUAUGUAUUUGAUGGAGUACCGCCAGAAAGAAAGCGCGCCAAGGUCAGCCAAGACGGCAGCUGUCAGGUCAGGAGACCAUUCAGAGCUGUGGAGAGCCCAGGGCCAGAGAGGCAGGGAGACCUGAAGAAACUGCUCAGACUCAUGGGAGUGCCUGUUGUACAGGCCCCCAGUGAGGCAGAAGCCACUUGCGCCGCCCUAGUGAAGAGUGACAAGGCGUGGGGAGCAGUGACAGAAGACAUGGACGCUCUGCCUUUCGGCUGCACCCGCCUCAUACGGAACCUGAAGGCUGAUAAGAAGAAAGAGAUUGAAGAGUAUAAUCUUCCCGAGAUCCUGAGCACAUUGAAAAUGAGUCGAGAACAGUUCGUAGACCUGUGUAUCCUGCUGGGUUGUGAUUAUACUUCGAAGAUCAAAGGUUUGGGGGAGAAAAAAGCAUUAAAGAUGAUUCAGAAAUACGGAACCAUCGAAAAUAUCCUUCAAACCAUCAGAUCGGAGGAUCGUAUUCCCUCAGAUUUCUGUUACAAAGAGGCGCGAAGACUGUUCCUGGAGCCUGAGGUGGCUGAUGUCACCGCACUGGACCUAGAAUGGAAGAAGGUGGAAGAAGGCCAAGUCCUUCAGUUCCUGUCAGGGGAGAAGUUUAUGAACAAGGAGAGGGUGCAGCAAGCAUUGCAGAAACUCCAUCCAGUUAAAACGUCGAGAAAGCGCAAAGCCAAAUCCGGAGCCAGCGGCUCAUCUGCGGAGAAUCAGAAGAAGAUCAACGAUUUCUUCACUGUGAAGAAAUCAGCAACCCAGAGCAAGACCUCUAUGGGGAGCACUCCAACGUCCAGCAGAUGA